GAGAGAGGAGGAAGGGGAGUGGGUGUUGUUUAGGAAGUGAAGUAGUGAAGGAGGAAUCAAUAGGUUGGAAAGAAAGGGAAAGACUCUGCCACAUAUUCAAUACACAUAAAUAGUGUGCGCUCAUAUCGUCAGCGCUCAAAGCUCUGUGGACUUACUCUUACCCUGAUUUAAGAUCCUUUGGGAGCCGCUUUAAUGUCUUGCUGUUUGAUUUUCCAGCCCACGGUCUUGAUUUAAAAAGACAUACAUUUGCUUUGUUUUCACACCGUGGCCAGUGAUUCUACACAGAACAAGUCAUAAACUGAGCAAUGCGUCAGAUUCAUGCUGACAUUCGCUGUUUCAAGCUUUGAUUUCUCUUUGUGCCUUGAUUGUCCUACAUUCGCUUGUUCCCUCCUUCUGAGGAAAGACACGGGUCUGCUGCUUUAGCCAAGCGGUGGGAGGGUCACCAAUCCUGAAUAGGUUGUGAGUGAGCGGUGUAGACUUGGACUCAUUGUGGCAGCUGCUCCUCUUUGCUUUAACAAACACUAUGCAGGAUGUGAAUGUCAGCAAAGAGCAGCCUUCGUUCAGUGGUGAAAUGCAAAUUAAAAUCUCUCUCUAACUUAAAAGCCCAGUUAUUAAUAAGUCGUAGGACGACUUGCCUUUUUUGAUCAGCUGCCAUAAUUACUAGUGAGAGCUUCACAUACAGUGAUUAGACUGACUGGUCCCACAUAAUGGGAUCGUGACAUUGGGCUCUCCUCAAAGUCAUUCUCAGCCCAGCGUUGCUGCUUUCACUGUGUUGCUACAAGGAUCUGACUCCAGGCUGCAAAUUAAUGAUAUGUCUCUUUAAAGAUGGAGAUUUCUGCCUCUGUUUGCUGUCACAUCAGGAGCCUCAUUAGACUUUAAUCACCCUUUCUGAGAGGAAACAGCCGACCCACAUACACAUAUGUGGGCACUGAGUCUGAUUUUGGAAGGGCGUUUAUCCAGCAUUAGACCACCUUCGCAGGGGAAAUGGGCCAUUCUGGGAAAUCAGAUAUUAGAAAACCCAUGGAGAGACCUGACACAGGAAAUAAAGGACAAAAGAAAGCACAUUUGUUCACAUUGGCUGGACGGAUGGCUGCUUCCCCGGCUUUUUAAACCAAAUGUAAUCAAAUGGAUGCCAUAAAACCGGAGCCAUCCCUGGUGCUGAGGCUUGAAUGACACUAAUGAUCACCCACUGUGUAAUUGCCAACAUGUUUUAGCUUUGGUGGCUACAAACACGCCAGCGAGCGGGAAGCGUAAAUGGUGGGCGCGAUGACAUUUACGUGUGUUGUCAAUGCUACACUUCAGUGGGUUUAUUGUUUAGGAACAAGUCACACAAAACUCUGCAGCCACAAAGGGUUGAAGCCCGUCUCCCACUGGAGACCGUGGGGCCACUGGAACAGCACAAAUGCAUACUGUAUGAGACCAGUUACUGCGAUGGGCACCCAAGCGUUGUGUUUGUGGAGGCAUCAGUCCUACGUGAGUGAGACGAUUCAGGCCGACGGCGACCGAACGAGACGACCGCUGACGGAACACGCGGGCGGCGGUUUGUGAGUCAAAUAAUAAGAUCGGUCGAUCGAUAAGAUUCAGUCGCUGAGUAAUUAUAUUCAAGGCUUCAUGCAAACGGUCUCUGAACCCCCACGUCCUCACAGCUUCUGUCGAUAAAGAGGUGACAGUGCCCCCAAGUGGCCGGUGUGGGAAGUGACUCAGAUUCUAAAUGCAAUGAAGAUUUUUCUUUUAUGACGCCAGAAAAAGGAUUCAGUGCAUGGAUUUUUAUUGUAUUUGCUUCUAUGUUUGCAUCUUUUGCUCUUUAUGUAUAGACGUGGUGACUGUAAAGAUUUAACUGAUGUGUCAAACAGUUCACAGUUUUGCUUUUAUGUGACGGAAGUUCAAAACUAGAAAGGCUAAUUUUACUUUUACUACAGUUUAACAUCUUUUUCAUUAUUGACUCACGCUUUAAUUGCUGUGUGCGCGCUGCGUCCGUGUGCUUCCUUUAUUACAGUGAUUAAGUACCUGAGUUCAGCAGCUGGGGUGAACAAGAAAGGAUUUCUAACAAAAGACUUGGAGUUCUGUGGCAUAAUUUCUGUGUUGCCGCUGCAUUCGGCAGAAGUGUCCGUCAGUGGCUGAGCGCUGUAACAGCGACCAUUACUUUAAAACGUAUGCCUUCAUCUUUACCCUGUGUGGGAGGGAGAAGGCUAUAGAGUAGAGUACAGUAUGUGGAUGUACACAACGCCAUGUGCAAACAGCUUCACACACACAUCCAUCAUCGUACAUCAUGCUGCUACUGACACUACAGCAAACUCACUCGUUCGCAUUGAUAGGUUACAGUUGGCGCUUGGUUCACACACGACGCAGCUUUGUUAAUGUGUAAGAUAACAAUGUCUAAUGCAUCACAUCACCAGGGGUAUGAAAAACCUGAUAUCUUGCGCGGGGUUGUCAUUAAAGGAUAAACGGAUGUUUGUUCAAAGUUAUUAACCAAGUAGGAGGUGUAAAUGCGUGGCGCUGUUGGAUCGGACUUAACUAAUAGGUCCAAGGUGCAGAUGCUUCUCUAAAGUGGCUUUGAGGUGAAUCAGAGGAAAAACCUUGCCACGCAAACACAUAUUACAGUUCAUGAAAAGUAGGUCAAGUGUGCACUACUGUAUGACACAGGCCAAAGCAUUCACUGUGAUGCUGCGUAACUUCACAUGGACUUUUUCCUUUUUUAUAUUGGCAUUUGUUUGCAGGUUCUUUUUGAAGUUAGUCACAGCUUCCUUGUCGUUUUUAUCUGUUACUCAUAUUAUUCAUAUUCACCUAUUCAUUGCUCAGGUCGCUCUUUCAAACGUGAAAGAUUAAAGCCAGUGUUUUGAUGCAACCUUUAUCUCUGUGGUUCUGUUCCCUUGUUUAGAUUGAAGCUGUAGAGGACCUGCUUGAGGACUCACAACUACUCUUAAAUUUAAUUGGAACCAAGUAAAUGAGACUGGAGUUUUUUGAAACGUAACAAAAUCAUUAUGACAUUAUUUUGGACACUUAAUGCAUAAUAGUACAAACAACAUUCAAAACAUUUAGAGCAGAAAACAGGAGUUGAUGAGACGUAUUAUUAUAUAUUAUAUAUAAUAGUAUAUUGUACAAGGUUUCCAGCCACAGAAGGUGUUCACCCCGUGCGUUAGAAGCGACGCAGCAGAGGAGGAACCGCCUUGGCUUUGACUGACAGGCGCCUGAAGUGCUCUUCACCGGCGCUAACGUUGCUGCUUCUCUGCCCACGUGGCUCAUUUACUCUUUGUCUCUAUGUAAGAAAGAUAUGCGCUUAUAUGUUCCACGCAGACCUGAGGCUAUACGAUCCCUGGCUGUAUAAAUCAAAGUCAGGAUACGGAUAGACGUGUUUGUGGGCAGGCGUGGCCUCAGGUCAGUCAUGGAUGUCAGCUGAACAAAACAAGCCUUAAUGAUGGGCAGCGUCACAAGGCAGCAGAUCUCCACGUCUCAUAGGCUCCCACACGUUUGCUCAGUAAGAAAGAGGCUCGAAACACUAAACUGGGUAUUUGAGUUUCAGUUAUAUAACUGGCAAACACACAACCGGGAAAACUGGGUUUCAAUGAUAUUCAACAGGUUCGUGCUUUCUCUCCUGUACGCGUUGUGGGACGCACUGUAUAUUUAGGAAAAACAAAAGGAAGGUUAUGCUUUCCAUAUUAUCAAACUAUAGGUACAAUACGGAGCAAACGCUGUAUUUGUCCAUGUCACAUAAAGUAAGUCCAGUUCUCACUUUUGUGAAGUGUUUGGGUUUUGUCUGUUCCUGCUAAAAGUAUUUAUCUGUAUCGGGUAAUGUUAAAUAAGGAUUUAAAACAUUUUUACAAAGCAUUAUUAAAAAAAACGUUUUGCAUGUGUAUUUAGUCAGCAUUAAUUGGAUCCUACUUCUAAUGAUGACCAAGCACAACAUCCAUAAAAGCCACGUACGGCCGGGCUUUGUUUUUCUCUUGGUUCCAUGAAGCGCCGACGCACCCAUCGCUUCUUCAGCCAACUUAAGCUGCAUCGCUUUAAUCCACAAACAUACAGUACUAAACAGUUUCAUAUUGUAAUCUCCCUCCUUUACUUUUAUUUACCCAUGCUUCUGGCACCUCCCCAUUUUGUUCUGUGUAAACUUGUGUCAAUACAUCCAGUACUCACUACACCCUAUAGCUUAACAGUUCCUUGUUCGCUCCUUGUCACUUGGGCUCUACAGAAGAGAAAUUGCCCACUGUGCCAUGUGACUGCUUUUAGCUCAGGACCCAUUGUGUUCUGGAUCACAAACAACUGCACUGGGAUGUUCCUUAUGAGAGAGCUGGACCUAUAAAAGGAAGAGCAGGGAGGGGGCGGCGCACCUGAACCUCCCGAGGACCUGGGAGCAGCGAGUUGCUGACAUGUUUGGAUUUCUGAUUUUCAUCUUGACAGUGCAUCGAGUGCACUCUGAGUGUAAUGUGGUGAGUAGGUUUAAAACAAGCUUAAAGCAAAGGACUCUCAGACGUCUUAUGUGUGUGGAGCUUUAAAGGACUAAUAUUGCACUAAUUUUGCCCUCAGCUUUGUCAGAUUUCCUAAAUCUUAGUUUUAUUUGCAACACAUACGACCGACUAUUAUUAGGAUACAUUGUCCUGGAAAACUUAAACUAAACUAAAAAAAAUUCUAUGGGUCAUGAGGAACCAGGAAUUUAAAAACUAGACAAGGUGAUGUUUAGUACACAUAAUAAUGAGUAUGAAAUCUAUCCUGCUGUAACUACUGAUGAGAACCUAACAUGCAUUUCCUCUCUUCAAAUGUACCCUGCUGCAUGCCCAUGUCCACAGCCAGGUAAGCGCCACAGGUUAAAGCUAAUGGAUGUGUUUAACGGCAUCAGCUCACGGCGAUUCCAAAACGUCUGCUGGACUUUGUACACGAAACGCAACGAUCCAGGCUGAGAUCUGUGACACUCACAACGCCAUGAGGAGAGCAGUUCAGCCGCCUGCUGCCGAUAUGGUUGAAAUGAGUUACAGUGAGGAUUUGGCAACUUCUGCUCAGGCCUGGAUUGACAACUGCUCUCUGUCUCAUGGACCUCCCAGUACUCGCAUGAUCAAUGGUUAUGAACUGGGUGAGAAUCUGUUCUAUUCAUCAUCACCUUGCGCGUGGAAGGACGUCAUCAACGCCUGGCACAGUGAGGUGGAACGCUACACGUAUCCCAAUGGAUCCACUGACGGCCGGAGCAUUGGCCACUACACACAGGUGGUGUGGAACACCUCCUACAAAGUUGGCUGUGGAAUGACCCGCUGCCCUGACGGAAUUUAUUACUACGGCUGCCGCUAUUAUCGAGCAGGGAACUUUAGGGGAUGGCCACCUUACAAGGCCGGAUCCACAUGCGCUUCCUGUCCUGAUGCCUGUGUAAACAACCUGUGCACUAACCCCUGUCCAUACAUAGACCACUUCUUAAACUGUCCAGAAAUGGCAAUCUCAACCGGGUGCAAUAAUCUUUGGGUUGGUACAUUUUGCAUUGCUUCAUGCCAAUGCGCAGGAAAAAUUAUUCCAAUAGGCAAAAGAUAAACAGUCUGUAUGCUGCUGUUGAAUCAAAACGCUUCGGACCAUUGUUACCAGUUUGGGCAAAUAUUUCAUGUGCUAAACAAAUAGGAAAAUGUGGCUAAAAGUAACUGCUGGUUAAACACAGCUUUGUAACGGCUGGUUUCAGAUGAUGGAUAAUGAGGUUUGUCUGUUACUCUAUGUUCCACAGAAGCUUUGUGUCGUGUAUCGUUUCCAGUUUGCGGUGAUUAGAGCUCACAUUAAACCUGUGUAUGGUAUAAUCAUUUUAUUCAAUAAUUUGAUUUUUUUCCUUCUUUAUAGCUUUGUCUUUUAUUAAAACUCUGUCUUUAACCCACUGGCCACUUUAUAAGGUCCACCUUCGUAAGCUAACGCAAUCCAAUAAAGCAGCAGACAAGUAGUUGAUAAGUUGAAACAGUCAAAUCAUGUCCAUUCAUCUGAGUACAAAAUGUUUUAAAGCACUGCUCAAAAUUCCCAAGGGCAGCGCAACCCUGUGACAUGUUAAACACAGAUAUACUAAUAAAAAAGG